AUGCUAUUUUCAGAUCAACUGAAAUGUGAUAAGAAACCGACGUCACUGGGCUGUGCUUCAAAUUCGUUAUCGUCCGACUUUGAAGAAUUGUACAACAAUGGUCAAUUUUCAGAUGUCACUUUGAAGUUGGAUGACGAGGAAUUCAAAGCCCACAAGUUGGUGCUCAGUGCCCGAUCGAAGGUGUUUGCCGCCAUGUUUGAGCACGACAUGAAGGAAAACCGUCAGGACACCGUUAAUCUAGUGCAAAUGAAAGUCGAGACAGUCCGGGAUAUGCUACGAUACGUCUAUUGUGGGAAAAUCCGCGACUUAUCUCCAGCUGAAGCGCUUAAUCUCUAUGUAGCAGCCGAUCAUUACGACUUGCAAGAAUUAAGAGCCAUUUGCCGAGACGUAAUUGUGCUUGACAUUUCCAUUGAAAAUGUGUGUGAUAUUGUUGAAGUUGCAGAUCUUCAUGACGAUGAAUCAUUAAUAAAAGAAUUGAAAUCUUUUUUAUCCAAAAAUGGAAAGAAAAUUAUAAAAACUGAAAAAUGGAAAGAUAUUUGUAAGAACAACCCCGUUUUGUGUGGGAAAAUGUUUGAAUGGGCUUUUGAUGAAUAA